AUGGCUAACAACAACAACAACAACAACAACAAAAUGCACCAGUACCAUAGCUGCAAGUCAGCGGACAUUACUUCUGGAAAAGCAAGAGCACUUUCUGAAUGCAUUGACGUGCUCAGUGCAGAGGUGACUCCUGGUCUCAUUUCAAGGAGCUCGGUCAACAGAUCCAACGUUGUCCAGAAUGAUGACUCCUUCAGCAUUGAUGUCAAUGUCAUCAUAAUGUCCAGCUUCUCCACCCUCGUUGAUGAUCCAGAUGUUCUGCAACCUGUGACCCGCAGCAGCAGCUAUGAAUGGCUGCCACCUGACAUGUCUGAGCUGAGGGUUGUUCUGCUGGGGAACAGCUGGUCUGAGAGGAGUUCAGUGGGGAACUUCAUACUGGGAGAGGCUGAGUUCAACACUGAGGAAGAACCAGAUCACUGUCUGAGAGUCAGAGGACGGAUGAAAGAGAAAGAAAUAGUUCUGAUCAACACUCCAGAUCUGCUGCUCCCCAACAUCUCUGAAGACAAACUAAGAGAACAUGUAGAAAACUGUGAGAGACUCUCUGAUCCUGGACCUCAUGUGUUCCUGCUGGUUCUACAGCCUGAAGACUUCACUGAGGAACUCAAAGAGAAGCUCUGCAGAGUCCUGAAACUCUUCAGUGAUCAAUCAUUUGAUCAUUCAUUGAUACUGAUAUCAACAUCCAGAGAGGAGAGUUCAGCUUUCAUGGAGAAAGACCAGCCCUUAAAAGACAUGAUCAGAAUGAGUAGAUACAGAUAUCUGUGGCAGAAGAACCUUGAACGUCCAGAACUUUUAACACGUUUGGGUCAAACUGUAAAAGAGAACAAUGGACAUCUGAUCUGUGAUGUAUUUGAGGAUGAGGGUUUGAUCAUGACACCAAAGUCUGACCAAAUGAAACCAUCUUUAAACCUGGUUCUGUGUGGGAGGACAGGAUCAGGGAAGACCUCAGCAGCCAAGGCCAUUUUAGGUCAGACAGAGCUUCAUUCAGUCUCCAACUCAUCAGAGUGUGUUAAACAUCAGGGAGAGGUGUGUGGACGUUGGGUUUCUCUGGUGGAGCUGCCUGCCUUGUAUGGAAAACCUCAGGAGGCAGUGAUGGAGGAAUCUCUCAGGUGUAUCUCCCUCUGUGAUCCUGAGGGCGUCCAUGUCUUCAUCCUGGUCCUACCUGUGGGUCCCCUCACUGAUGAAGACAAGGGAGAGUUACAGACCAUCCAGAACACAUUCAUAUUCAGUUAA